UUUAAAAUUCGGAUUAUGUUUUGGACAAACGCCCGUUGAGAGGGAGAGGCGUUUAUAAAAAGAGACGUUUAUCGAAAAAAUCAUUGAAGUUAAGGGAUUGUAGUAGAGAGGGCGUUUAUUUGAAGCAUUAUGGUAAACCCAUUUUAAUUUCUAUAGAAGCAAUAACAAACAGUGUUUUCUUAAUGUAUUUUUACUUUUAUUUGCUUCAACAAUACAUUUAUUUACAAAAAUCAGUGAUGUUAUAUCUAAAGAAAAUACAUUGUGUACCUAAGCAGUGCUCAUACAUACUUAGUUGUUAGAUCUUCUAGGUGCACUACGAAGGAAUGUAACCGUCUUUUUAAUCAUGGAAAAAAGACAAAAUUAAACCAACCACUGGAUAGAUUGAAAUUCAAAUUACGAGCAUACUACCCAACAAAAAUCGUAACGUAUAAAGUAACUUCAGCUCUGUCGUCACUUUCAAAUCCAUGAAAGUUCAAAUUUAACUCUCAAAUACAUAUUUACAAAGCUUGCCCUUUUUAAAGAUGAAUUACACAAACUGCAAGCUUUGUGAAUGCUAUCAGUGAAGCUACACUACGAAUUGUGCAAGAAAUUGCUAAAUUGCUUUUAUGUUCAUUGAAAAUAAAAUAAAAGAACACGUUAAUGAGGCAUGAUGGAGUGUCAGCAGGAAUUAAAAAAUAGACGGAUUUGUAAAAACAUGAAACACAAGAAAAGACAUAUAGAUAAUCGAAUUGCAAUAUGUUUUAAGUCGUUGGUAAUAUCAGCGGCAGUUGUUUGUUUUUGGUGGUCGACAUGGAAUUUAUUUGACCAUCUUGACACGUUAGACUCGAGAAGCAACAGCUAUUAUGGUUUUCUUUACGGCUAUGGUUUCAUAUUAACAGCCAGUUUAAUGUUCUUCAUAUUCAGAUCAAUUUUGAAAUCAACUCUUGCGAAAUAUUAUGGAAUUAUUUCCAAAGAAAUACGUAAUAAUGUUAUUAUUACCACCACAGAGUAUGAGCAGAAACCUAACACGUCUACGUCCUAUUUUCUUCUGAAAGGUUUUUUCCCUAUUUUUAUAUACAUUUUAAUAUUGGGAUUAAUCAAUAUAUGGAGAGGUUUCUUUGCCACAUACUGGCAUAUCGCAGAUGUCUUGCACGAAAGUUACCAUGUUCCACAGAUGCUUAGUUUGAUGUUGCUACAGAUAACAGCGAUUAUGAGUCUCUUCUUCACUGAAAAUAACAAUUCAAUCGUUUUGUGUCCAAAUCAUCCAGCUUACCAACACGACGAACUGUAUUACUUAGAUGCUCUGUUUAGUUUUGAUAUACUUCGUGAACAAACUGGAAGCUGUAGGGCUAUGCAGAAUUUAGAUAAACAUAAAUCAAUGGAUAGUCAGACUGCAAAUGCUGAUGCAACAGCUUGUUCUUCCUGUAAUCCAACAUUCGGAUCAUCAUCCUUCAAAAAGACAGUGAUUAGGUUUACUACCACUGAGUUUAGUAUCAGUGAAGUGCUAAUGUUAUGGUUGUUAGGUUUUCAUAAACAAGAGAUGUGUUGUUUUUCCAAUGGAUGCACUCCAGAUCAAAAGAGUGCUUUGCAAAUAGCAGAUCCAUACGUAGUUAAAAUAUCUAGAGCGAAGAAAUGUACUGUAGAUGUUGCUAUUGAACCAAAAACCUGUCCACUUCAUAAUGAGAACCAUAAAAUGACGAAAAUUCACCCAGCCUCUACAAACACCUGUAAAACACCUAACAUAACUAAAAAUUGCUCAAAGUGUUAUCUUGCGUGCUUAAUGGUUUGUUUUUACCAAAUUCACCAUAAACAUUUGUAUCUUCACAUGUUCGCAUGCAUGUUUUGGAGCACGACGUGGAGAAUGUACGAAUAUGCAACAAACUACGUGUUUCAUCAGAAACUCACCAAUAUACCUGGUUUGCUGUUGAUUAUCUUCGUAUCUCAGUGCUUAAAUCAUUUGGUUUUGCUUAAAUUUAAGGAAUGUACAUCCAGAAAGUAUUUGAGGAUUUUCUACACGUAUAUAAGCAUGAUCAACACAGUAUGUAUUUGGGCAUCAGUGUGGUAUACAUGUGAUCUGUUAUCUUCUCAAUUAGACAAGAGGUUGACAAUAUUUGCAUCAGCACAUAUUGUAACAUUUGGUGGACUCGCCAUGCUUGGAAUAUCAAUCAACGUUUCUCUUUGAUAAAACAUUACAUGUACAGGAUUUUUUGAUGAUCUAGUUUAAUUUAACAUAAUGCUGUUGUACCCAAUCAAUAUUUUUCUAUUACAUUUAAAUAAAAUUUAGAAUUUUA